AUGGAUUGGGAUCGCAAUAGAAGUGACACGUACAGCACCAGAUUUGAUGAUCGUCGCGGGGGAGAAAGUUAUCGUCCCAUCAGCUCGAUUAGAACACGCCGCUCUCCUCCACGAAACUACAUCCGGCACGCCAGAUCACCUCCACGGACGCAUUCUCCUCGCCUUGUUGCUGAUACAUGGGUACCAUCGGCUAGUCGAACUUAUGACCGCUUCCGAAGCCGAUCUCCAGCUUUGCGGCGUCGUUCUCGGAGUCCUUCAUUCUACAGUAGAGAUGGCGGCCAGGCGUCCUAUCGGAGGACGCGUUCCCCUCCUAGAAGACCAUCACCUCGACGAGAUGAAAGGCCAAGGUCUCCGCGGCACGUAUUCUGGCGCUCUAGGUCUCCAUUCAACGAUGGUCGAUCUCGCGAUACUUCAUGGGAUCGGACUACUUCAUUACGGCCGCGGGAGGCGUCGCCGCCCAGUCAAGAUUUUAGAUUCCCAAAGAGAGAGCGUUUUACCAGUGAGAAAUAUUCGAGAGCCGACUCACCUCCAAAGCGCGGCGCUUUACGAGAAUACAGUUCACGCGCCUCGAUAAAUUUUCGCACUCGAAGCCCUUUCCAAGGACACCGUGAACGUCAACAAGAAAUUACGCCAAAACGUCGGUCGACAUCUCCUUUGAGAGAGGGGUCGUUUACCCGUUAUACUGCGCCGACUUCGGUUGUAAAUUCCAGGCGUCCCUCGUCGCCUACUGAUAAAUCCAACUUAGCCCCGUUCGACCCAGAGACGCGCUCACCUAUCACACAAUAUUCUUCAUAUGAACGUUUUUCUAGGCAUUCCGGUCAUUCAUCUCCUAUCCAUGAGCGUACAUUCCCAACAAGAUAUAGGUCCUCAGGUCAUAACGAGAUACAUCAUAAAUUCUUGGUCGAAGAGCGGUCCAAUUCACCGUUAGGAAAAGGACAAGAAGAAAAUCGUGAAAUGUCGCGGCCUGUGACCAACCAGCACAUGGAUUCUGAUCUCACGAAUCACGCACAUGCACAUGCAACUGGCAUUAUUCCAACCCAACCAAAGGCCUACAACACCUCAAUGAGUCAAGUACCGCCAUCAGGGCCUUCCUAUGGGUCCAAGUCACUAUUAUCACAAAGUCGAAGUCCGAAUAUUUCUUUGCUUGCCGCCCCAACUCGUCCUCGUGGGGGAUCAAACGUUAGAGAUACCAUCUGGCCAGGGGCUCCGCCCCGUCGUGGAAUUAUGGCUGCUGUUGCACAGGGUCAAGGUCCUCCUUCAGGCCCACGUGGUAACAAUUUCACAUCCACGGGACCGGUUGCGGAGCAUACAUUUCAUCGACAAAAUAGUGCCACCAAUACUGGCUAUGCUCGCAAUCAAAAGUUAACGAGUCAUCUUGCAGGCAUGUGUUCAAUCAUACCUGGAGGUAAACUCUUCCCAUCAUGCUUUGACCCUGCAGUUGAAAAGCGCAUCUUGCACCUAAACGCCGAUAAGGCAAGACUGUUCGACCAAGUCGCGCAAAAGCAGGCGUCCAAGAGGGCCGGUCUGAAAGAUUGGGAUAGAUUAGACAGAGAAAGCUCCAUUAGCACUCUGAAAAGUGAACUUGCUGAGGGACAUCUGCAACGUAUCACUGGUGGUGAAAGUGUACGGAUUGGAACAAUAUUUUGA